UCCCUUUAUUUAUUGCCAUCGGACUAGUGUAAGAUACAGACAGACUAGAGCAUCAUCACCGACAGGUCAAGGGUUCCUCGAGCUCCACGACCUAUAGAAAUGAAGCUACAAGGGAAAGUUGCAAUAGUAACGGGAGGUGCCCAAGGAUUAGGUCGAGGAUUUGCACAGGGUCUACUUGGGAAAGGUGCAAAGGUUUGUAUAUGUGAUGUUAAUUCUACUACUGGACAAGCUACACUGGCAGCCUGGAACAAACAGUUUGGGAAAGGCAACAGUAUGUUUCUCAGGUGUGAUGUCACCGACCAUGAUCAAUUUGAAGGUGUGAUUAAAAAAGUUAUCAAAGAAUUCGGCGGACUGGACAUUCUCGUGAACAACGCAGGAGUAAAUGGAGAGGAACCAGAGACAUGGAGGAGGACUAUCCAGAUUAACCUGAUCGGUAUGAUAGAGGGAACCAGGCUGGCAGAAACCUAUAUGGACAAGAGUGCUGGAGGACGAGGAGGACUUGUGGUCAACAUUGCAUCAACAGCAGGACUGGUACCAAUGUUCCACGGCCCAGUCUACUCGGGAUCUAAGUAUGGGGUAGUGGGAUACACCACCAGUAUGGCAGCCGACCCUAAAACUUUGGAGACAGGUGUAAGCUAUGCAACACUGUGUCCAGCAUUUACAGCCACCGAGCUAUUUGAGGAGAGUCAUGAGACUCUGUUAAAUAAUAACACAGGUUUAGAUCUGGCGGCCAAACAAAUCACUGAUGCAGGAAUACAAACGGUGGCUGAUGUUGUGAAUGGGUUUCUGCAGUUAGUGGAAGCUGAUGAUAAUAACGGCUUUGUCAUGGCUGUAUCCAAACAGAAAGGGAUCCAGUAUGUACAUAGACGCCCGCGGAAACCUCGAGCCAAUAAGUUGUGAUCAGGCGAUGUGUCUCCAUAAAUACUGUGAUAUGUUACAGUGACUGUAAAUACAAACUACUAUACAGAAACAAUGGAUGCUAAUGUUGUGUCAAGAAUGAGCAGUCGUUGAAUAAUUGUGACUGUGUGUUUAAUUACAGUGCCAAAACCAGGGACCAAUCUGGUGCAGUGUCCAAAUAGGUAGAAUACAAGAUUAUUUAAGGUGGGG